AUGGCAGUCUCCCCAGAGCGUAUCCAGCAACAGUUAGAAGAAGUUGAAGCUGCAGCAGAGGAUGUCAUAUCAGACCGACAGGAAAUUGUCACGCUUGAUCGCCGUCGUAAUACUAACCGUGAAGCUCUGCGACAGUUGAAGACCAACAAAAUAGCCAGUCAGUCCACAGGCAACAAGAGUUGGAUUUGUGUUGGAAAUAUGUUCUUGAAGCUACCAAAUACAGUUGUUGUAGACUGCAUUGAAAAGGAACAAAAACAGUUGGAUACCGAAAUCAACAAUCUUCGCAAUGGUCUGAGAAGUAAAGUGAACCACUUGAAUGAUUUAGAAGCAAAGCAAAAAACGGUUGGAACGAACCUCAAGCCCUUAUCGCAAGAUGAAUGGAAAGCUGUAAAACAAGUUCUUGAAGCUCAAAAAUCAAGUACAGUAUUCUAA